GCUGAGCUGAUCCGGGCCCUCCCACCCACUUUUUCCUCUGAAAGUAAUUUUACUGUCUGCUCUCAUUCUGCAACAUAACCCUCUCAAUCAAAGUAUCGAUUCUCUACUUCUUCGAUGAUGAGUCGGUUACUUCUCUGCUCAGUAUCAUCUUUCUCGAAUCUUGAUUAGGGUUCCCACUCUCUUGGUCAAAAGUUUGACUGGCACGAUUCUUGAAGUAGUGAGCGCUACUACUCCCCCUGUCACCUUCAUUUUUGUUCAGCAAAUUCGGGAAACUUCAGGUCGCUGAUACUUCUGCUGCUCUAAAGUGUAUAAAGAUUUCUACUUUUAAGUCGAUCGAACCAUCUGAUAAGGCAUUCUGAGGAGGUGGGUUUGUUUCUGUGAAUGAGUACUGUAGUUCGGGUUGAGCCAGCUGCUUGAAGUGAUGAUUCUUUCUGCACUAUUGACAUCGGUUGGAAUCAAUCUUGCUCUUUGUUUUCUGUUUUUUGCAUUGUAUUCCAUAUUGAGAAAGCAGCCAGGCAAUGCCGGUGUAUAUGCACCAAGACUGGUUGCUCAUGGCAAAUCCCAAGAGAGAGGGGAUUUCAGCUUGGAGAGGUUAUUACCGUCUGCUGGUUGGGUCAGAAUGGCAUGGCAACCCUCAGAAGAUGAGCUUUUAUCAGUUUCCGGUUUGGACGGCGUAGUAUUCAUGCGCAUUUUUAUCUUCAGUUUGAGGAUCUUCACUUUUGCUACGGUUAUUGGGGUUUUUAUUCUUCUUCCUGUUAAUUAUAUGGGUGAUCAGCCAAGUCUCGACUUCACGGGCGUGCAAAAUAAAACUCUGGAAACUUUCACCAUCUCAAAUGUGGGUGAUGGCUCAAACAGGUUGUGGAUUCACUUUUGUGCUGUGUAUGUUUCACGAUGUUUGUUUGCUGCCUUCUUUAUUUUGAACAUGCAUAUAUCUCAGCCAAAAGAUUGGCGUGUUUCUGUUCAUCGAAACCUCAGCCACAAGAGUUUACUGUUUUAGUCCGAAGCAUCCCUGUAACCUCUGGGAGAAGCGUCAGCAAUACUGUCGAGAGCUUUUUCACAGAAAUUUAUCCUUCUACGUAUCUUUCACAUAAUGUAGUUCGUCGAACAAGCAAACUCAAAAACCUUGUCAAUGAUGCAGA